CCGGCCAGUCCAGUUCGAGCAUCACUUGUCAUUUACCUCAAUUCAUCCGAACAUAAUCGCUUCAAUCAUGUAUGCGCAACGGCCUUUGUCAUAUGCUCCGACGCCUUACAGUUAUACGCCCAACCCGGCGCUGGCUGCGUCCAUCAACCUCGAUGAGGAAGUGAAGCUAGCUUCUAGCUCGGCGGAGCGCGAUCUUCACGAAUCCCUGGCGGAGAUUUACAGUAUCAUCGUCACUUUGGAUGGCCUUGAGAAGGCGUAUAUCAGAGACGUGGUCACGGAAUCGGAGUACACGGAGACCUGCACUCGUCUACUGAAGCAGUACAAGUCUAGCUUGGGAGAUGAUAUCGUCGCCGGAGAAUUCGUCGACCUCGAGACUUUCAAGCGAAAAUGGGGGUUGGAAUGCCCCCGUGCCACCGAACGUCUACGAAUUGGGCUCCCCGCCACAGUGGAACAAGCCACUCAUAGUACCCCCGCGGCGAACAUGGCCCCGGCAGCAACAGGUCCGCCAGGCGGCGCUUCUGGCACUUUGAUUCUGACAGCCACCGAGAACUUCAUAACUUUCCUCGAUGCGCUGAAAUUGAACAUGGUCUCGAAAGAUGCAUUGUACCCUCUGCUCUCCGAAGUGAUCCAGUCCGUCAACAAGGUGACAGACGCGGACUUUGAGAACCGGGGUAAGAUUAUCCAGUGGCUGAUCACAUUGAAUCAAAUGCGAGCGACCGAGGAACUCAGUGAGGAGCAGGCCAGAGAACUGUCCUUUGAUAUCGAGCAAGCAUCCGGGGCUUAUAAGAAAAAGACCAGCUUCAUCAACUUCUGUACCAUCCUGCAUCGCAUCCAGCACAGUCAAGUCGUCCCUCCGCAUACCGACAUCAUGAUCAGCGCCGAUCCCGAUGAGCCUAUCCACGUGCUCGAUCUUCCCCAGAUCCAUACUAAGCCCUCAGGCACUGAACUCAUCCAGGCUCUCAGUCUUCUGACAACAAAGCCGCGAAGCUUUGGUCUCACAGCCCCUGAAGCGGUGAAGGCGCAGACCGUCCACCCGGCCGGUAUCACCCGCUAUCUGACCUCGAUCAUCUCGAGUCCCCUGGCAUGGCUCGACACCGAGGAGCUUCGGGAGGCUGUCUGGGACGCCGCUGCGGCUAGACUCAGCGAGCGCUCAGGUCGAACCGCAAUGCCCGCCAUGUCGCGAGUCUUCAUGAUCCCGACCUCCCACGGCGAAGAAUACACGCUCACCUUGCAUGAACCAUCCCUGACCAGCGACAACCUGGGCAUGAAAACCUGGGUGUCAUCCUACCUCCUCUCCAUUCGCCUGCACUCCCUCCUCGAAUCCCCCCCGCAACUCGUCCCCACCACCACCACCACGCCGCAGCUCCACCCGGAGCGUACUCUCCGCGCGCUCGAACUCGGCGCCGGCACGGGGCUUGUUGGCCUCUCUUUCGCGGCCCUCCGUGGCCCUUCCGCCAGCAUCCACCUCACCGACCUUCCCGCCAUCGUGCCCAACCUCGCGCACAACGCCGCCCUCAACGUCGAGCUACUCAACCGCACCGGCGCAACGGUCACCACCGGCGUGCUGGACUGGUCCGUGCCACCGACGCCCCUCCCAACGCCCGCCGAGCAGUACGAUCUCAUCCUCGCCGCCGACCCGCUGUACUCGCCAAACCACCCCAAGUGGCUCGUCGAUACGGUCACCCACUGGCUCAGCCGUGGGCUCAACGCCCGCGUUGUCGUCGAGAUGCCCCUGCGCGACGCGUACCUCCCGCAGGUGCAGGACUUCCGGCAGCGGAUGGGCCAGCUCGGACUGGCGGUUGUCGACGAGGGCGAGGAGGUCGGCUACGAUGAUUGGGAGUCGGCCGAUGGUGGGGCCCUCGAGGUGCGAUGCUGGUGGUCUGUUUGGGGAUGGAGUGAGAAGCUUUAGCUUGUAAACUCAGUUUCCAUCUCCGCCGUCCUCGUUUCCCUUUCCACCAAAAGUGGUGGACCAGGCAAAUCCAUUCAGCGACAGACAUUUCCACGACGUCACGAAAGCACAUUCACCCCACAUAUAGCAUCAACAGCAUCAGCUUCAGCAUCAGCAUCAGCAUCAGCAUCAGCAUCAGCAACUGCCAUACGCCAUCAAGACUAACGUGAUAGAGAUCAUACACCGACUAAGCCGGGCGAUUCGCACAUUGGAGAGCCCGGUUCCUCCGUUCCAAAUCUAGAGCUACAUAGAGCGUUUGUAGUAUUAGAUAUAGCAUAUCCCAAGACUCGAU